AUGCCUCCCAAGCGGCGCAACCUCUAUGCGACCCUCGGAGUGCACCGCUACGCCUCAGAACUGGAGAUUCGUGCUGCCUACCGCCGUCGUGCUUUAGAGAAGCACCCGGACAAGGGUGGCAGCCACGAGGCAUUUCUGGCUUUGAUCAAUGCCUUCGAGGUCCUCUCAGACCCGCCCGUGCGCGAGCAAUACGACAAGGACCUCGAGAAGCGGGGCGAUCGCGAUGGUCUGCAGCGCUUGAAGCGGCUUGUCUCGGAGAAUGAAGAGCGGCCUCCACAGAGAGAGGUCGUGGCUCCGCCUGAGCCAGGGUUGCGGGAAGAAGCCCAGGCUCAGGCCAAAGGAAGGAAAAGACCUCGGCAAGCCCAAGCCACCACAGCGGGGACAGCGACAGCGAGACCUCGACCUGAGCCCUCCAAGGAGUCCCCGGAGGAGGCCCAGGAGGCCCAAAGCGUGUGGAGACAGCUCUUGGAGGCUGAUGCCGAGGACGAGUUUCCCUCCAUCCUCAAGGGACGGAGCUGGAGAUUUCUUGGCGCAGUGGCUGGCGAAGGCCAGGACUUCUUACGGAGGCGAGCAUGGUUCCAAAAGGUGCCGAAGCCUCCAAAGAAGACGGUGCGAGUGCGGAAAACCGCAAAGAUGGCCGGAAGAAAGGUUGGCCUGCAAUCGCUGAUGGAUGCCUCAAAGAAGGACAGUCUGGGCGAGAAAGCCUGCCAACACAUGCAGAAGCACAUUCGAAAGGUUGGGCCGCGAAGCUUCGGGCUGGUGAUGUGCUUCGAUUGGCUCGAAGUUGCAAGCAACUCGACACAUCUGGCUGAAGCCAUAGAUUGGCACAUCAUCCUCAUGAAGUUCCAGCGCGAGGCAAAGAAGAUCUUCAGUCAAGGGCACGCAGAUGACUACCCUUUGGUCUCCAACACGCUCCAGUCCAUCCUGGAUGAGCAUGCUCAACAAGGAGGACGAGCUCCAACCCUGACCUUUGCUUUGCGCAUGUACUUCAGAAAUGGCGAGAAGCACAAGCUUUUCCGCUUCUUUCGGACUACAGAUCUUCGAUGGGUGCUCGACUGCCGCAAGCGAAUCAAAGCGCUGAUGCCAACAUGCGAUCACGAUGCGUUUCUGCGGGCAGUUCGUGGCAUGUGCCAGAAGUCUAUUGACAUGUCUGGAGAGGCCCAGAAGAGGCAUUACGAGAAAAUCCGUGCCGACAAAGCCGCCAUGAAGGCCGCAAGGCAGCUGCAGACAAAGAAGAACGCGAAGUUGCACGCCCGAGCACAGGCUGCGGUGCAAUUUCUGGUGCAAGCCAGAAACAAGUUCAAGGCUGGAAAGGACAUGCAAGAUCUCGAUGCGAUUUUUUGCGACUUCGGGAUGGGCGAGCAGGUUUGCUUCUUCGCGAUCGUGCAGGCCCAAGGCAGCAGGCACAGCGCUGGCCCGCUGCGAGACACGUGGCAGAAAGCGGCAAAGGAUCUGCAAGCGUUGAAGAAGAUUCAGAAGUCCAAAGGAUUUCCAGCAGCAGUGGCAGAAGCACAGCGCCUUGAUGAGGAUGAGAUGUUCCGAC